AUGUCUGACAUCGCUUCGCAGCCCGUAGCGAAGCCGGUGCCGGUGAGCGGAAAGUUGGGUGCUGCUUCUGCUGGGUAUUCGCCGAAGGAGGGAUACGAGACAAACGUGCAGGACGACGCCAUCCUGCCUUCUUCGGCACCCUGCGACUCGCCCGCCGCCGCUAAGCUUACCUACCUCUCCGACAUACCGCAAAGCGCCAAUGCCAGCGACCACGACGUCAGUCUGCUACAUUCGGCUCAUCAUGCAGACCCCUUCGCCGUCCUUGGUCCUCACGCAUAUGGCGGCCAGGACACCAGAGCCGUCGUCAUUCGCGCCUGGAUCAAAGACGCCGCCGAGGUGGAACUACGCUUCACCGGCAGCCUGGCCACUGUCCCCCAGGACCUGACAGAAGCCCCCUCCGCGUCCGAGUCCGAAGCCGAUCACCUCCAGGGCGAACGCCAGGGCGAACGCCUUCAGCAAAACCACCAGGGUGGAGAGCAUCCCGAUCAAGCUGAGUCACCGGCCUCCUGCAGGCUGCAGGCAUCCUCCGGGGGCGUCUGGUACAAGCUGCAUCGCAGGGCGGACUGGCUCUUCCAGGGCGCCUUCAACUGGUUGCCCAUAACGGAGGCGGCGGAAGCAACUACAGACCUACUGGCGGUGACGCCGGUGGAGUACGAGCUGAGGGUAAAGUAUUGCGGGGACGCGAGCAACCAAUCGUAUAUAUUGCACGACGCGUACCGCUUUGGUUGCAGCUUGGGUGAAGACCAGCUCCGGCUGUUCCAGUCCGGUUCUUGUUGGCAUGUGGAUAACUUGAUGGGUAGUCAUUUCGUAGAGGUCGAAGGAGUUCAAGGCGUGCGCUUCGCCGUGUGGGCGCCGAAUGCUCAGUUUUUGAGUGUGGUCGGAGAGUUUAAUCAAUGGGACGGAAGAGCGCACCCGAUGCGGAAGCGACAUGAAUUUGGAGUCUGGGAGAUUUUUGUGCCCGAUACUCCGCGAGUGGGUCAUCGUUACAUGUACAAAAUACAUACGAGACGUGGUACGGACAUUAUGAAAAUUGAUCCGUAUGCGCAGGAGUUCGAGAACCCCCCGGCACACGCGAGUGUAAUAUCCGGCUGCGAUGACGCAUACCGGCAGCCGAGGGAGCGCUAUGAAUGGCGUGAUGGAGAGUGGAUGCAACAGCGCCAACAGAACAAGGAACGCGUGACGAGGAUGCCAAUUUCAAUUUACGAAGUACAUCUACCGAGUUGGAUGCGUGGCGACAACAACCGGUACUUAACGUAUAAGGAAUUAGCUCACCGGCUAGUGGAGCAUUGUCAAUUGCUGAACUUCACACACGUGGAAUUUUUGCCACUGGCGCACCACCCCUUCGAAGGCAGUUGGGGGUACCAAGUAUCGGGAUUGUUUGCUCCCUAUAGCCGGUUAGGAUCAGCGGAUGAGUUGAAAUACCUUAUUGAUGAGUUACAUCUGGCGGGCAUUGGUGUAUUUUUAGACUUUGUUCCGGCGCAUUUUGUGAAGGAUGAUUGGGCUCUUGCUAACUUUGAUGGUGAGCCAUGUUUCGAGUAUGCUGAUCCGCGUGAAGGUGAGCAUAAGACCUGGGGUACGAAAGUGUUUAACUUCCGCCGCAAUGAAGUGCGUUCAUUCCUGCUUGGAGCCGGCUACCAUUGGCUCAGACGGUACCAUGUCGAUGGGCUCCGUAUCGACGCGGUUUCCUCAAUGCUGUACAAGAACUACUGUCGCGACGAGUGGAUUCCUAACGAAGAAGGUGGCGACGCGAAUUUGGAGGCGAUCAACAUGCUCCAGGAGCUCAACUGGGUUAUCCAUCGCGAAUUCCCGGGUGUAUUGACCAUGGCCGAGGAAGCGACCAGUUGGAGAGGAGUGACGGAUAAGGAAAAGGGGCUCGGGUUCGACUUCAAAUGGGAUCUUGGCUGGAUGAAUGACACCAUUUCCUACCUCUGCAAACCUACACCGCUGCGUCCGGAAAGCCAUGGUAAACUGACCUUCCGAGGUCUAUACAUGGCCCACGAGCGCUGGGUGCUACCUUUGUCACACGACGAGGUGGUGUCGGGUAAGGGCUCGUUGUUAGACAAAUGUGCCUUCAUCGGUUCUUCGUUUGAGGAGAAGGCCUCCACGUUAAAGAGCCUAAUUGUCUACCAAGCAGGUCUAUGUGGUCGGCCGCUGCUGUUCAUGGGGGCCGAGUUCGCCCAGGGUCGUGAGUGGAACGAAAGCCGUUCGUUAGAUUGGCAUGAGGCUCGCGAAGAGCACCGGUCUAAAGUGAUGAAGUCCGUAGCUGAUACGAUGGCUAUUUACAAGAAUGAGAAGGCGAUGCACGCCGGAGACGACGAGCCCUGGAACUUCAAGUGGGUCGACUGUGACUCCCGCAAUGCCUGCCUCGUCGCUUUUCUCAAGUCCUACGAGGAGUGGUUCAAUGACCUCCUAGUCAUCUGCAACUUCAGUGCUGACACACACUACCGCUACCCAUUCGGUGUCCCCCACGGCGGCGAAUGGGAAGUCCUGCUUAACACCGACGACUGGGCUUACGGCGGCCAAAUGAGGGGCAUUGGCAAGGGGCGUACCGCCAAGACCACUCAAGGCGGACGCCUCGGCUGGCCGUACUGCCUCUGGCUAGAUGUACCCGCCUGGAGUGCCAUGAUCCUCAAAGCACCCAAACCCGACCGAGCCGCGGAACUCGUGGAACGCAUCAGAAUCGCCAAAGGAGCUUGUCGACCUUUCGAACACAUGGAAAGGGAGCUCGCAUUGACCCUCAAAAAACCUAAACAGGACCCCGCAACACAGGACCCCGCAACACAGGACUCCACAACGCAGGAAGGGACUGAGCGUGCUCCGAUGGCGCUUGGUCGACCAGCUGCCGACGAACCUGCCAAGAUGGCUGAUAUGAAGGAACAACCUGGCAUUGAACAACCUGGUAUUGAACAACCUGGUUGUCAACAACCUAACACCGAACCCGCAUCGCAGCCGAUGACAGAGGAGUCGAUAAAGGUCGGAUCGACGAAGGCGGAAUCGACGAAGGCGGAAUCGACGAAGGCGGAAUCGACGAAGGCGGAAUCGAAGAAGGCGGAAUCGAAGAAGGCGGAAUCGACGAAGGCGGAAUCGAUCAAAGCAGAGUGGCUAAAGGUGCAGGCGCUGAAGCUGGAGUCACCUGAGGCCGAAGCGCCUGCUGCAACCCGGUCUGUGCCGGCGGCGACCGAGAUAGAACAAGGGAAAAAGAAUAUUGUGGUCCUGAGGAGUGCGGCCUUGAUGACGAGGAAGAGAAAUUCUCGCCGUGAGGGAGGCCACUCGCUUGAAGAUAUGUGA